UUGUUUGUUCGUGUGUUUUUGUUCUAUUUCUAUAUCCCCUUCUCUCUCAAAUCUAUAGAUCCUUCCAAGAAAGGGAACUAUCUUUGUCUCUGUGCUGUGUCGUCUUUGUGUUUUCGAGCACUCACAAGCAAACCCUUUUCGCCAUGAGACCUCAGAAAACAUCGAUCCACGCCAUCUCCACAUGGGUCCGGCGACAACCUCCAAAGGUCAAGGCUUUUCUCGCCGUCGUCUCCGGCAUGGCCGCUCUUGUUCUCCUCCGAUUCAUCGUUCACGAUCACGAUAAUCUCUUUGUCGCUGCUGAGGCUGUUCACUCCCUCGGUAUCUCCGUUCUUAUCUAUAAACUCAUGAAAGAGAAAACCUGUGCCGGAUUAUCACUCAAAUCCCAGGAAUUGACAGCUAUAUUUUUAGCUGUUAGGCUGUAUUGUAGUUUUGUCAUGGAAUAUGACAUACACACCAUACUUGAUUUGGCGACUUUCGUCACUACGGUGUGGGUUAUAUACAUGAUUCGAUUUAAGCUAAAGGCUAGUUACAUGGAAGAGAAGGAUAACUUUGCAAUUUACUACGUGGUGGUACCCUGUGCCGUGUUAGCCUUGGUUAUUCAUCCAUCAACUUCUCAUCAUAUAUUGAACAGGAUUUUCUGGGCAUUCUGUGUAUAUCUGGAAGCUGUUUCAGUUCUACCCCAACUUCGGGUCAUGCAGAACACCAAAAUCGUUGAGCCAUUCACCGCUCAUUAUGUAUUUGCACUGGGCGUAGCAAGAUUCUUGAGCUGUGCUCAUUGGGUUCUCCAGGUGUUAGAUACCCGUGGACAUUUGUUGGUUGCCUUAGGAUAUGGUUUAUGGCCGUCAAUGGUUCUUAUCUCAGAAAUCGUCCAGACAUUCAUCUUAGCCGAUUUCUGUUACUAUUAUGUCAAAAGCGUUUUCGGAGGACAGCUUGUUCUACGUCUUCCCUCUGGAGUGGUGUGAUUAAAGAUUUAUGCCCUCACAUUUUCUUUUAACUUAAUCAGGCAUCAUGUUUGGUUACCCUUGUUAGACUUAGAGUACACUUUGUGUUGACAUGCUUAUUCUGUUCCUUGGUGGAAAGUGUAAAGUUGGGGAUGAAAGUAAACUAAAUAUAUUUUAUGUUAUGCGGUACGGUUAUUUAUUAUGGUUCGAGAUGUUUUAUACUACAUAAAGUCUCUAUUUGAUUAGA